AUGGCUUCUCUUCAAUCUUCCUUCACGGUGCUCGCCACCACCCCCACCACCAAUGCACGCCGGAGCCACCGCUUCAACAUCUCCUGCAGCAGCAUAGACCGCCGCAACAUGCUGCUCGGGCUAGGCGGGCUGUACGGCGCCAGCAGCCUCGUCUCGGGCCAGAGAGCCCGCGCCGAGCCGAUCCAACCUCCGGACAUAAGCAAGUGCGACACCACCGGCACCAUCACCGAUGGCGAGCAGACGGAGAGCCUCGACGUCAACUGCUGCCCGCCCUACACCGACGUCAAGUCCAAUUACGUGCUGCCGUCGUUCCACAAGCUCCGGGUGCGCCCGUCCGCGAACAGGCGCAACCUGAGCCACCACUACAUAGCCAAGUACCAGCUGGCGCUCAAGAAGAUGAGGGACCUCGACGUCACCGACCCGGACGACCCCCGUGGCUUCACGCAGCAGGCCAACAUCCAUUGCGCUUACUGCAACGGGCAAUACGACCAGCAGGACUACCCUGGCACUGAUCUCCAGGUCCACAGCUCCUGGCUCUUCUUCCCGUUCCACCGAUGGUACCUCUUCUUCUUCGAGAGGAUCCUCGGGAGCCUCGUCGACGACCCCACCUUCGCCAUUCCCUACUGGAACUGGGAUAACCCCCGGGGCAUGUACAUGCCCGACAUGUUCACCAUCCCGGGCACCCCCGCCUACGACGCCAACCGCGACCAGGCCCACCUCCCCAACGCCGUCGUCGACCUCACCUUGAGGAGCACAAGCAUCUACCCGCAGCAGCCCAUCAGAAACAACCUCACCCUCAUGUACAACGAAAUGAUCGGCCAUCCGGCCUCCGCCACCGACUUCAUGGGGAAACCCUACCGAGCCGGCGACGCCCUCCCCGACGGCCCGGGAACCUCCGAGGGAGGCUCCCACACCGCGGUCCACGGGUGGGUCGGGGACCCCAGAAACAAGUUCGGCGAGGACAUGGGCAACUUCUACUGGGCCGGGCGGGACCCGCUCUUCUACAGCCACCACGCGAACGUCGACCGAAUGUGGGCCCUUUGGAAGGACAUCCCCGCCCGCUACUCGAAGGACAUCACCGAGGACGAUUUCUUGAGUUCCGCUUUCAUGUUCUAUGACGAGAACAAGAGGCUCGUCCGCGUCACUGUGGCCGACUGCCUCGACCACAGGAAAAUGGGAUACGAGUACGAACCGAGUGAAACUCCGUGGAUGAACCAACGGCCGCAGAAGAGGGCGGUUCCGGCCAAUAUCCGGAAGCUCGCCAAGACAGCGCAGGCUCCGUACGAGGCCUUGUUCCCUCUCACUCUCAACAGCACUGUCAAGGUUAUUGUGGCGAAGCCGAGCAAGGGGAAGGCUGACGAUGUCCUCGUGAUCGAGGGCAUCGUCACCGACAACACCAAGCUCAUCAAGUUCGAUGUGUUCGUUAACGACGAGUACGAGAUGCCCGAGGAGGUUGACCGGGCUGAGUAUGCCGGGGCGUUUACGCAGCUGCCGCACAGGGUGAAGGCGAAGGAGAGCACUAGAAGCCUGCGGUUGAACUUGAAGGAGCUCUAUGAGAACAUUAAUAUCGCCGAUGAUGAUCGCGUCGUCGUCACGAUUGUUCCGACGAUCAACGGCGGCGCUGUCACCAUUGGCGGUAUUAAGAUCAUCCCCCGCGUUGAUUGAUUCCCAUUUCCCCAUGUGUUUUGUGUGGCUGAAUAAACGUUUGAUUCUGUUCGAAUAAAAAAUGUUUCUUUGGAAACAUUUUGUUUUCUGAAAGUUGAUGCGUAAU